AUGUUUUAUUCUUUACCAAUAGAAACAAAGCUUGAUAUUUUUAAAUUCCUCGGUUAUAAAGAAAUACGUUCAAUCAACCAAACAAAUUUAUAUUUUUACGAGUUUAUUAACAAAUUUCAAGGAGAACUUGCUCGGGAGAAAUUUAAAGAAAUAAAUAUUGAUUGUUUCAAACGAUUCAAAGGACCUCGUCGAUAUUUAGUUACUUUUAGAACUGCAAAUUUUGACUUUCCAUUGGAUAAACAAUUUGAAAAGAAGUGGAGGGGUGGACUUGAAAAACGAAUUUCUUUAUAUUUGCCUAAGAAAGAUUUGGAUAAGGAUAUAGUUAUAUGCUUGACUAAAGGCGGAUGUUAA